GUCGGAGGUGAGAGGUUUUGGUGGCUGUCAGAGUGAGGUGUGUCGUCAGGAAAUAACCAGGAGCCCUUACAAUGAGUACCUUAGGGGUCGUGGCGAGUGCAGAACCCUGCCGAGACAGGGCAGCGUGGGGUACAGCGGGACUGCGGUACACUUACCUGUUUAAGCUUCUCAUGCUGGGGGAAUCGGGUACGGGUAAAACAUCAUUGUUGCAACGGUUCGAGAGAGAUGAGUUCAACGAUGAUCACCUUCCGACUAUCGGAGUGGAUUUCGUUGUGAAGACCUGCUCCCUGCCCAACGGAGACCUUGUGAAGUUACAGAUCUGGGACACAGCCGGCCAGGAGCGGUAUCGCACCAUCACGGCCUCCUACUACAGAGGAGCCCACGCCGCUGUCAUCAUGUACGACCCUACACGUCUGGACACGCUCCAGCACGUCCAGCACUGGCUCAGCGUGGUCAAGGCCAACGUCAGAAAUGACGUCAUGGUGGUGCUGGUGGCCUCCAGGCUGGACCUCAAGCACACCUCGGAGGAGUUUUAUGGUGCAAGGACCCUGCCACGUGACGUGGAGAGACGCCUGCACAAGGACGACGUGGCGGGGCCCUUCGAGGUCAGCGCCAAGACCGGAGAAGGGGUGGCCAGGGUCUUUCAGUCCACCAUCGACAAGCUCGUGGCUAGGGAGGUGGCAAUCAGGGGGUCCAGCCAGCAACAAGAUAAGACUGAAAGGAGGGUCUCCCUUGUCAAAACACCGGUGAAGAAUUCAUGUUGCUCGUCUUAAAGAUGGAUGUGAGGGUGGGGUGGUGUGUGUGUGGGGAAGCACCCGUUCGUGAGUUUGCGUUUUAUUCAGAAAUGUGCACGAGCAUACAUUCAUCUGUUUGCUCGCAAGUUACAUAAAUGCUGAUAGAAAUGGGAUUGAAUUUUCGAAAACAUUUUAUAACAAUACUUUUACUCAUCUCUUUAUGCACUAAGUUGAGUCGUUACUAUCAUCUGGCUCAGGAAGUCGUGACCUCUGACAUGUGCCGUCAUUCGAUAUAAAUAGCCUGACAUCAUUCGUGAUGGAAUCUCUAAAAUCAUUUAAAUAUAUUUAAUGUAAUGAAAAAGGUAAACAGUUAUAGUAAUAUUUAUUUUUGUCUUGCGCUAAUAAUGUCUGGUCUUUUGUAACUACUGUAAUCCUUCGAGACACUUCGUUAGUUCUCUUCCAACAGUCCCACUCCACGUCUUUCAGCAGGGAGAGGCGACGACGGGUCCCACUUAGACUGUAUCCAUAGUUACAGGUACAGACCGACAUUUCUUAAAUAAUACGUUGAAAUCGGUGUCUCUGACCUCUUCAAGUAGCUGUUAGACUUCAGUUGUAAGUCUGGCAUCAAAUACUUGUCCAAAAUAAAGUCUUGUCCAGAAACUUUCACAUUUAAUCCCUCCAGCAAUCUCUGCUUUCUAUUCCUAAUCCAAGACAAAUACUUAAAAACACUAAGCACAGAAAUGCAUUAAGGCAGGUAAAAUUUAAUCCAGAUUAUAAAAGUGAUCGUUUUAUUUUCAUUCACAAAACUAAAAACUUGUUUUGAGUCCUAUUUCAAGCUGAUGAGAAAUAAGUGAUCUUAUUUUGUCAGAGUGAAAGACUGGCUACAAAUUGUUGGAUAAUUAAUCGCAAGAAUGAAGGUAGAUAGAACUACUCACUUCAAUUACAGCAAGACUUCUUUGGCAGUGAAAAUGCGCUCAGAAACAGAAGCUGUUAUUUUAAAUAAUUUUUCGUUCUUCUGCAUGUGAGCUCUCGUGAAGCUUUUAGCCGCGUUUCCGUCUUCUAAGGUUCCCACUGGCAACCUUUCUUUUUGUCAUCAAAAGCCAUAUCAUGUCAAAGGUUUUCUCUUAAAUGUUAUUAGGAAUCCUAUUUUCUUUUUCUGUUUGUUACAGUUCAUAUUAAAAAAAAAUUAAAUCUCAGCACGUGACAGAAAACGUUUCUUUUUUUCUCAUGGAGAGAAGAAAAUAAUUAAGAGCAGUAAAAGAAGAGGCGAUUCUCGCUUUAAACUAACCGUAGAAAGCCUGUGAUUGUAAAAAGAAAGAAAGAAAGAAAGAGAGAAAGUGAGAGAAAGAAAGCGAACACGAGAAAGAGAGAAAAAGAGAAAGGAAGAAAAAGAGAGAAGGGAAGAAAAAAAUGAGAAAGUAGGAAAGACAUCUUUCCUAAAAACGAUUAAGAGCGAUUAAGGUUUAAUUAAAUGUACUUUCUUACAACACAAAAGGUGAGAACCCAGUUUUUCUCUGUUGUUAAUAAAUAUUAAAUCAGAUUUUUCUUUGCAGCUCGUGUAUUCAGCCUUCAGUUCUAUUUCGUGAGUCGUUGUUAUGGAAUGUUUGUAUGUAACAACAGGUUCCAUCCAGUCCAACGAAAUUGCUCUGAGGAUCACAGAAAUUCUCAGUCUCCUCUUUCGUUGCAAAUAUGAUCAUUGAACUAGAAAUUAUUUUGGGAAAGAAAGAAAAUUAAAAUUAAGAUGAUGACUUGAAAGGUGGAAAAAUG